UUCAAUAACAUCUAGAGAGAGAAAAGGCAAGAGUUUAGAGUUCUAGAGAGAGAGAGAGAGAGAGGGACGAGAAUUUGAGAGAGAGAGAGGGAAAGAUAAUGGAGAGUUCUAGCGCGAUGGUGCCUUUCCCUUUGCUUACAACCCCAGUUGAGAGCACAUACAGGCCAUGCACCAUCCCUUACAGGUUUCCCUCUGACCCUCCUCGUAAGCCCACCCCAACAGAGCUCUCCUGGAUCGAACUCUUUCAGAAAUCAAUACCCUCUUUCAGGAAACGAGCAGAGAGUGAUGAUACAGGUCCCGAUUCUCAUGAUAGGGCUGAGAAAUUUGCUCAGAGGUAUACAGAAAUACUUGAGGACUUGAAAGCAGAUCCUGAGAGUCAUGGUGGACCUCCUGAUUGCAUUCUUCUCUGUAGGAUUCGGGAACAAAUCUUAAGAGAGCUAGGCUUCAGGGACAUAUUCAAGAAAGUUAAGGAUGACGAGAACGCAAAGGCUUUAACACUAUUUGAGGAGGUGGUUCAGCUUAAUGAUGCCAUUGAAGAUGCAAGCAAGCGGGUGGAAAGCUUGAUUAGGGGAAUAUUUGCUGGGAACAUUUUCGAUUUGGGGUCUGCCCAGCUUGCAGAGGUCUUUGCAAGAGAUGGGAUGUCAUUUAGAGCAAGUUGUGAAAAUCUGUUGCCUCGACCUUGGGUUAUUGACGACUUUGACAUCUUCAAAUUAAAAUGGAGUAGAAAGUCAUGGAAAAAGGCUGUAAUAUUUGUUGAUAACUCAGGGGCAGAUGUCAUUCUUGGGAUAUUACCCUUUGCUAGAGAGUUGCUUCGACGAGGUACACAGGUGGUUCUGGCUGCUAAUGAUUUACCAGCCAUCAAUGACAUCACUUAUCCUGAACUGAUUGAAAUUAUAUCAAAGUUGAAGGAUGAAAAUGGGAAGAUCUUGGGUGUCGAUGCAUCAGGACUUCUUAUAGCAAAUUCUGGUAAUGAUUUGCCGGUCAUUGAUCUCUCUGCUGUGUCUCCAGAGCUGGCAUACCUUGCAAAUGAUGCAGAUCUGGUCAUCAUGGAAGGGAUGGGUCGCAGCAUAGAGACGAAUCUUUAUGCUCAGUUCAGAUGUGAUUCACUGAAGAUUGGAAUGAUGCGCAAGCAAAAGUCUACAAAUUGUGAUUUUGAUUUCUUUUGCUUUAUGGAGAAACAGGUGAAGCAUUUUGAGGUGGCUCAAUUCCUUGGAGCGAGGCUCUAUGAUUGUGUGUUCAAGUAUACUGAAGUCUGUGACGAAGUAUUGAAACAGUGAUCCGCUUUUGCUCAUCAUAUUUUCUUGUAUCUUUACUUGGUUCGCUUUUGUUACCCCACAUGUUAUAUAACGUGUGGGUUAUUCUGUAGACUUCUACCCCAUUGACCCCGAGUCUGUGAGCUAAUACUAUGUGAGCUCCCGAACCCAUAUAUACAGACACUAUUGCUCCCAUCUGUUAAUGGUAGCUUCCGUGGUUCAGAAUUUUAUCAUACCAUUAAUCGCCAAUUAUUGAGUUACAAGAAUAAGAAAUAGAUUUGAACGGAUUGGGGACAUCAUUUAGAAUCA